CCGCGACACUUUGUUUUCGGCGAUGUUCCGCGGACCAUCUGUCGCCUAGGCAACGGGUUGUUUACAACUUGGAGAUAGGCUGUACCACGAAGAUUUUGCUGUCGUUUACGAACCCGAGGUUUCUUGAUCCGAUCGGUAUCAGCUAUGCCAAAAGAAGAAGGUCAGGCAUCGACAAAGGGCCAGGCGGGCGGGGGCAAGCCGGGCCUGCUGGCGUCCAUGCUGAACCCGUUCCGGAAGCAGGCCAAGCCGCAGGCCGUGCCGGGACUGAUGGCGGCAGCGUCCGAGGAAGGAGCCACGCACCGGCAUGUGGACGACGAGGACGAGGACGACGACGAGGAUGACGCCGAGGACGAAGACGAGGACGAACACGUGAUCGCCGUAGAAGGGGCCUACGACCCGACCGAGUUCGACUCCCUGGCCGUUUCGGCCGAGGUCAAGGAGCUCUUCGGAUUCAUCACCAGGUACACGCCCCAGACGGUCGAGCUGGACCAGGAGCUGCGGCCGUUCGUUCCCGAGCUGAUCCCGGCCGUGGGCGACAUCGACGCCUUCCUCAAGGUGCCCCGGCCCGACGGGCGCGCGGACGGUGUCCAGCUCGGCCUGCGGGUGCUGGACGAACCGAGCGCGCAGCAGUCGGAGCCGUCCAUCUUGGCGCUCAGGCUGCGCGCGCUGUCCAGGGACGCCCGGCUCGCGGCGGCCAGCAAGGCCGUGGUGAAGAGCGUAGAGAAGCCGGAGGAGCAGCCCCGCGAGAUCGAGUUGUGGCUCCAGAGCGUCCAGGAGCUGCACCGCGCCAGGCCACCACCCACCGUGCACUACACCAGAAACAUGCCUGACGUGGAAUCGCUGAUGCAAGAGUGGCCACCUGACUUCGAAGAGAUGCUCGCCGAGGUGCAAGUGCCAACCGCCGAGCUGGAAUGUUCCUUGGAGGAAUAUGCCACCAUGGCAUGCCUGCUGAUGGACAUCCCAGUGUACAAGGGCAAGUUGAUCCAGUCGCUGCACGUCCUCUUCACCCUGUUCACAGCCUUCAAGAACUCGCAGCAUUUCGGGGCAAUGGCCAUGGACACAGGAGGUGGUGGGGCUGGCAAGGCAACCGCCGAAGACGCUGACGCAGAAGGAGUAGACCGCCUUGUGCUGUGAUGCAAAUAUUCUUGCUGAACCGAUCAGUGGCACUUCAGCCUCUUGAAAGGAACUGAAAGAUUUGACGAAUCGCGCGUUUGGAACUUUUCGACUGUUUUUCAUGAAAUUAACCAUCACAAUAAGAGCAACCGCGUUUAGCAGAUAUCGUCCGCACAUUCCAACUAUCACUGCGAAGCCGCUUCUCCAGUGUCGCCACUUCCGUUCCAAUCCGCAUUCAUUCCCGGUGAAACUAUAUUCACUGUGACACGCAUUCAAUUGGUAGUUCUCUAAAACUAACAGUCUAUCCCGCUCGCACUUGAGAACGAUGCUUUAAGGCUCACUAUGAGAAUACGUCCAUGGCAGGUGGUGACGUGCGGCCGCCGAUCCCUUCAAAUGAAACUCCUUAGGAAUUAUCGAUAAUUAUUGAUUGAAUUAAAUACUGAUAACAGAGAUCGCUGUUUAUGCGAUAACUCCCCUAGUCAUCUUUAUGUCUGCCUGUGUCGCCAGUAUCCGUCACACGAAUAACAAAGUGCCACGUCGGGAUUUUGUAAAGAAACAAAUAAAAUAAAGAGAAGUCACAUCGCCCGGCGAAGUUUCGAAAUCCGAAACCACGAAGUAGCAGUGGAAGGCUCUAGCUCCCAGCGACUUCGAUGAUGUUACAAGAAGGAAUGCUGUGACCCACCUCUUCAGAGCUCGCAAAAGAUCAGUUGCUGAUGCCACGUAUAGGUUGCAGUAGCUUUUCCAUAAACCAGCACCCAAGUGAAAGAACUUAAGUGAUGUCAUCGGUAAGAAGCGAAUGGAACGGGAGGGAACAAACAAAAAAUUUGCGCCUCUCCACUUCUCUUCCACCAGGGAGCAGAAGAUACUCAACAGCGAGAGAGUGAGUGAGAGAUAGAGAUAGAGAGAGAGAGAUUUUCAUUUGUUUUCGUCACACCAAGACGACUGGGACGACCUUCGACGAAUAAAGUUUUCCUCUCCUUCUGA